CAGACUAGAAGCUGAGAACUUGUUGAACAAAAAUUGUCGAUUGUUAAUUGUUUAUUAAAUCUAUUAAGUCUAUUAAAUUGUUACAAAACAAUUCGUUUAAUUUCAUCAGUUCAGUUAAUUGUGAUUAUGUCCAUAAACAAUUUACCUAAUGAAUGUCUCUGGAUGAUCUUCGGCAGCUUCUUUAAUCUCGAAGAGUUAAUUAAAUUGUCUAAAGUUUGUUCUAGAUGGUCCAACCUAAUUUCCGUAAGAUUUUCAAGAAUUAAAUAUCUAUUUAACGUCCAUGGACCUGAAGAAAACACUAUCGAUCAUAUUGAUCAUACCAAGUUAUGGAUAAGAGAUCCAGAGACGAUCAAGGACCAUAAUUUACGAGAAUUGUUACCAAACCUCAGGAUUCUCGACAUCUCUGAUCAUUUCUAUGGUGUGGAAAAAAACUCAAAGAUUUCAGUAAAGUGAUAAAUAAUAAUAAGCAACUAAAAGGACUGAUUGGACUGAGUUGCAUUAAUUAUCAUAAUCUCAACUUGGAAAAUAUCGAGAUGGUUGAAAUGGAUGAGUUUGAUUUUAGAAAAGUCUUUCGACCUGAUCAACUGAAACAAAUUUACUUUCAUGAGCUUAAUUUGCGUGAUCUUCCUCAAUACGUUGCAUACUUUCCAAAUUUAAAGCGACUCAACCUCACGAUGUUUGAUGAACUAGAAACUCGAUACAAUGGCCCAGAAUUGUCCAAUCUCAAGAUUCUUGAAUCACAUACAUUCGAAGCGCAUGAAGCUUGGAGCGCUUUUCAUUUGAUGGACUCUUGUCCAUCUUUGGAAAGCGCUUUCAUCAAUAGUUCGUCAAACGACCAUUUUAUUGAUUUGACCAUAAAGAACUACAAUCUAAGAGAUUUGGUUAUCGAAAUGUCAAUUCAAGAAGAAAUAACUUGGUCAUUCCUGCGAGAGCUGUUGUCCAAAUAUCCAAAUCUACAUAAUCUUGCGAUCAGAAUGAGCGAUGAGAUUGAGGAUUGUCAUGUUGAAGAAUUGGUGGAGAUUUUGCCAGAAGUAAAACUGUUGGACCUCAGAGGAUCAGAAUAUGUCACUCAAAAAUCAGCUGAUUUCUUGUCGGAAUAUUGUGCUAAAUCCAGUCGAUCAAUCAAAAUCUAUUAUGAUUGUGAAAAGGAACCUAUUGACUGGCCCAAUAUGCUUGGAACUGAUGAUUCAAUCGUCUAUGGAUUCGAUUUCAUGAAGCAUUGUUUUUAUAAAAUGUUUUGUGAUCUUCCGAUUCUAAUUGAUGAAUGAAAUCACCUACAUUCUACUUUAUUGAAUAAUAUUAAUAUUCUUUCAUGAAUUUUGUCUCGGAUGUUCCAAUCAAAUAAAUUGUCAUUAAAGCUACAGUCCGAUAAUGAGA